AAAAUUUCCGCACCAAGCGCCCGCGUUGCGAUAAUUUUUGAUAUAUUGCGAUAAAAUGUUAUUAAUAUUGUGGUUCACAGUUUUAUUGCUUUCGAGUCGUGAUGUCUUUUGUUAUAGACUUAAUGAAACUGAAUACGCGAGAAUGCCGCCUCUGUUCCAUUUGGACCAGUACGACCGAUGUUUGAGCCAAGAAGAUGGUCUAUACUGCAUCAUGAGCAUCUCACUCAGGGCAAAUCAGAAAAAUGAACUGAUGCAAAUGAUUGAGAAAUACUCAGCAGACGAAAUUAUUCAUUAUAACCACACUUAUUUAGACCACGGGAUAUGUGUCACUCAUAGAUGUAAGUCAUUUAUUUCGAAUAUAAACAAAGGAAACACAAAGGACCUACAAUCGGCCCUUGAGAGAUGCAUCAACGAAUAUUAUGAGAAAAGAUACGGUUUAAGUACCAGCAUCUCAAUUCAUUACUGUAAAAAACCAAACGAGGGCCUCGAUAUAGAUAUAGGUGAUUGGAUUUUUGGUGGAUCUCUGCUUAUGCUGGUGACUAUAAAUCUUGUUGCGACUGUGUAUGACCUGCGACUGAAUCGAAAGCUAGACAAGGACGGGCGAAAUAGAACUGGGAACCAAUUGUUGCUGUGUUUCUCAAUUGUACGAAACUGGAAGCAAUUAAUUUGUCCUGAGACCAGAGAUGAACGAUUUGAAAUAUUCAAAGGGAUUAAUGGCUUAAGAUCGAUUUUGACCUUCCUCAUGAUAUUUGCUCACACGAUGUGGCUCAUGGCUUGCGGUUACAUUGACAACCCUCUCGAUUUUGAAAAGACAUACGAUAACAUCCUGUAUCACUUCAUCUACAACGGAAUGAUGUUGGUGCAGACUUACUUCCUUAUGUCGGGCUGCUUACUCGUCUUCUCCUUGAUGCUGAACCCUGAGACCAUCAGUUGGGGGCAAUUGCCACUGAUAUUGUUUUAUAGAUGGUGCAGGUUAACCGGCAGUUUGGCAGUAACUCUCGGCUUCAUCACCACUUGGUACCGCCAUUUCGGGUAUGGACCACUCUGGGACUACCACGUGACGCCCAUCAUCGAAAACUGCCGCCAGUAUUGGUGGUCUCACAUCCUAUUCAUUAACAACUACGUGGAGGGAAAUAAGGGCUGCGCCAUUCAGACAUGGCAUUUAGCAGUAGAGCUGCAAUUAUUUGUCAUCGGCCUGGUGGUGCUCAUGCUAACACGAGCCCGCGGCAGAAAGCUGGCCAUAUUCGUCAUGUUCCUUGUGGGCUGUGUGGGACCAGCUCUGCAUGUUUGGAUCCAGGAUUAUGAUGGAGUUAUCAUUAUGCAACCGGAGUUUUACCGCAAAUUCCAAAGUGAUAUGUUCAGUAACGUGCAUAUAAAGUUUCACAACAACAUCGCCUGCUACGCGAUAGGCAUGAUCUUGGGCCUUUUUAUAUACAACGCGCAGAAAAGGAGGACUUUCGAAAUCUCUAAGAAUGAGAAGCUAGGCUACAUCACGUGGGCCGUCAUUCCUCUCAUAAUACUCUGGUAUUUUUCGGGAACGGUUUUCUAUAAGGAGGGGGAAAAGGCGUCAAUGACCUCGAGGCUGGUGUAUGCGGCGUCCCACAGGGCUCUGCUUGGGGCCGGUUUAUCAUAUCUGAUAUUAAGCCUGGUGUUCAAGUUUGAAGACAUUGUCCGAGGCUUCCUCGAGUGGAGCGGUUGGAGGGUGCCGAGCAAGCUUUCCUAUGCGGUCUUCUUGAUUCAUGUCAGCGUAGUGCAUUACUUGCAAGGCACUAGACACCAAUUGGGUCAUGCAGCAUUCUUCCAUGUGAUAAUUAGCCACCUGGGCGUCGUGUGGGCAUCGUACAUUCUAGCCCUGCCCAUGCACAUUCUGGUCGAAGUUCCCAUCACUGCUUGUUUCAAGUUCUUGCUGUAUGAGAGAAACGUUAACGCCGUGAAAAAGAUUGAAUAACUUAUGGAAGUUUUAACUUAAGACUAGAAAGGGAUACUCGUAUCGUUAUAGAGCUGAUUGUGUUUUUAUUUAUAAGUAGGAUAUGAUAUGACGUGUGGUUGAAAUCCGUCCAAUGAGUUUCUUAAAUUCUUGUAUUUAUUUACUACUAGCUGCGCCUCGCGGUUUCACCCGCGUAAGUCUGUGUUCUGUAGCAAUAUUGGGAUAAAAAUUGCCUAUGUGUUAUUCCAGUUGUCCAGCUAUAUCCGUACCAAAUUGUAUUGCAAUCGGUUCAGUAUUUUUUGCGUGAAAGAGUAUCAAACAUACACACAUCCUCACAAAUUUCGCAUUUAUAAUAUUAGUAGGAUUUAGGAAACAGUGUAUCAAAGCUGCAGAAUAAUUGGAAAAUAUAUACUCUGCAUCCCGUUAUAUGGAAAUACACAAUUUCUUUCAGUCAUUUCCCCCAGCUUCAAUAUUUGUCAGAUGGUAAACCCACUAUCUUGAAGAAAUUAAAAAGGUUACUUGUUGUAGGGCUGCUGACUCGGCGGCCGAGAGAGAUUAUUACAUCUUAAACGGCGUAAUGUAUUAUUAACCGACUUUAAAAGAGGUCAAUAGUUCAAGGAAAUUGUCACCAAGAUAUUUUAUAAUACUUAUUCUGUUACAGCCCAUUGCAUAUUAACGAUAAUCGUCGGUUCGAUUCCUGCUUCAACCAAUGUUUUAUCG